AUGUCUUUCUCCAAUCUUGUCUCAGACCUCGCCUUCCGAGAUGUGCAUGACGACCGAAGUUCCCAAAUAUCCCACGCCCGAUCCCAGGCCACUGCUCGCUCCUAUACCAGUACAGCCGCCACCAGCGUCAGCAUAUCUGGUGAUAUCUCCAGCCAGCUUCACUCAGGCUACAGCCAUCCUUUAAGCAGAUCAUGGCAAGCCGAAAAGCAACUUACCAAGGAAAUGCUCAUUUAUCCGCUCUUCAUUACGGACAAUCCUGAUGAAGAGACGCCAAUUCCGUCACUCCCUAAUCAAUGCCGUCGAGGAUUGAACCGCCUGGUUCCAUUUUUGAGGCCCCUUGUCCACAAAGGACUGCGAUCUGUAAUCCUUUUUGGAGUUCCAUUGCACCCGUCCGCCAAAGAUGCUCUUGGGACUGCCGCGGACGAUCCGAACGGGCCAGUAGUCCAGGCCAUCCGCCUCCUUCGAUCGCGUUUUCCCCAGCUUUAUAUCGUUACUGAUGUAUGUCUUUGCGAAUAUACAUCUCAUGGUCACUGUGGGAUUCUUCGCGAAGAUGGCACGUUAGAUAAUGCGCAGUCCGUCGAUCGAAUCUCUGAUGUCGCUCUGGCCUACGCUGCAGCAGGCGCCCACUGCGUUGCUCCGUCGGACAUGAACGAUGGACGAGUACGCGCCAUAAAACUCAAGCUGAUUGAGGCUGGUAUGGCUCAUCGGGUCCUCCUCAUGUCCUAUAGCGCGAAGUUCAGUGGAUGCUUAUACGGUCCUUUCCGCGAUGCAGCAGGCUCAUGCCCCUCCUUUGGUGAUCGCAGGUGUUAUCAGCUGCCUCCCGGAGGUAGGGGACUUGCUAGGCGAGCGAUACAGAGGGAUAUUAGUGAGGGCGCUGACAUCAUUAUGGUAAAGCCCGCGAGCAGUUAUUUGGACAUAAUUAGGGACGCGAAAGAGCUUGCGCAGGACAUGCCCAUCGCAGCAUAUCAAGUUAGUGGCGAAUAUGCCAUGAUACAUGCAGGGGCAAAAGCUGGCGUGUUCGAUCUGAAAUCUAUGGCGUUUGAGAGUACAGAAGGCAUCUUGAGAGCUGGUGCAGGAAUUGUUGUGAGCUACUUUGUCCCAGAGUUUUUGGAUUGGCUAUGA